CCCGACCUUUAAAUCCUCAAUAGGUCUUUAUCAGUGCUGAUCACAUCGAUGGCUCCGAUACCAGGCUACUUUCGACUUUCGGAAUUUAAACAAUUGUACAGGAUAUAAAUCCGGGAUGUAAUAAUUGGAUGCCCCUGCACUGACAAAUGAGGACUCUGUACAAAUCUUGUAACAGAUUUGAAGGUUUGAUGGAGAUGAUUCAGCCGACCUUCCCCAAACAAACGAAUGAUUAGCUGUUGUAACCAAAACUGACAGCAAGGAUUUUAAGAAAUUUCAUUUUUUAUGGAGAUGGCCAAAAUACAUCACAUGAACCCAGUAGCCACAUCCAAGCACUGGUCAGACUUGCGAACGGAUGAUGACAUCCAGUCAGCAGUUUCAACUUUUCUGGAGGAUGAAUCACAUAACCUAAGUGGGAAAACAUUGCAUGAGAGCAUUGUGGAGGUUUCUCGCUGGCUCGGAACACAGAUCCAAAAAGAACGUGAAGGAUGGGCUUACAAGAUACGUAUGGCUAUGCAGGAAAUAGAAACACAUCGACGAGAGACAUUAAAGAUCCACAACGUCAUACAAGAAUGCACCAAUCAGCUGAGACUGAUUGCCGAAUGUUGCAACAUGGACGAAGACCUCCUGGUGAAAAUUUCACAGGAGGAGACGAAGCGGGCUCUGCCUCUGUAUAUUGAAUGUCUAGCCGAACUGAUCAACACUUUAGUUGAUGACCGAUUACGAUGUCUACAGUUACUCAAACUGAGUGAGUCAGAUAUUGAUGGGCAGACAGUGUUUAGUAUGUUAAGUUUGCAUCUGCAAAAGUUGGAGUUCCAAAACAAUCAAUCACAAAAGGAAAGGGAAGAACACUUGAUUAAAGUGGAGCGCGAAAAUACACAGCUAAUGUCUGAAUUGAACCGUCACAAGAAACAGCUCAGCAAGUUACAGGAGGACCACAAGAAACUGCAGAUGAUACUGCAGGCUGUGCAAGUAGAGGAGCUGGAGGAAGCAUCCCUGACAGCUGUUAAAGACAGAAUGUCAUCGCCAACACAGUCAGCAGUAGUUAAAGGCGAUGGCAACGGCAUUCAAAUCACAGAAGAGAAACUGUUAAAACUUCAAUCAAGUGCAAAAAGACUGGAGAGUUCUCUCCAAGAUGCUCUCUCACAGAUCGAUCAUUUCCAUAAAAAUGCAAAAACUUCUUCAAAACCAAAUCCAACAAGUAAGCAGACAAUGACCAAAAAUUCAAACUUCAAACUAAAACCAUUGAUGCGUACUCGGAGUCCUACUGGAGAGUUACCUACCCUGAAAGCCGUACCCCCGACAAAACUGGCUUACACGCAAAGUUCCCUUAGUGAUAAGAAAACAAAUUCUCAGCAGAGCUCAUUUAUUGAGAAAACUAGUUCUCUACAAAAUUCCUUCAUGGAGAAGACAAACAGAUCAAUCUCAGAACGAAUGAAUCGGUUCCAAGUCUCAGAUUUAUCUGGUAUUUCGGACUCCAAAUCUCUUGACUUGAAUGAUCCGCCUGUACGUAUAAAAUGGCGGCGACGAGCAGUCAGCCCUGUCAGUCUAGGUGCAGAGCGGACAAUAUCUAUGAAGGAACGACCUAUGCCAAAAAUGCAAGCCUCACAGCAAUCCUCAAAAUCGUUUACCUUCCGAUCUCUGGUGAGAUCCCUGGAUGAAAUGAGAGCAAAGAAAACAACUAAAACAAAAGGUGGGCAGAAAGUCAGUAAAUGUUUGCGUUGUCAGAAACUAUUUACACUUAAUGAUAACCACAAGAAGGCUUGCUGUUACCACCCACGUAGUAAGGAACGGGUGGAGGAGUACACCAGUAAGGGGCGUCUCACACGCGUGUCCUACGUGUGGCAGUGUUGUCGGCAGACUGUUGACAGCCAGGGCUGCUUGUAUGGCCAACAUGUCUGACAGGGGGUAUGGUUAUCUGACAUGGGGCCUUGUUGUCCAAUAGGGGAUAGUAUUGUCCAAUAGGGGGCACCAAUAUAUAUGUGAGGGGGCAUUGUUGUCUGAUGGGGGCAUUGUUAUCUGUGAGGGGGCACUAUGAUAAAGAGCACUGAUAGGUACCACUGCUGUCUGUUUGCAAGUGAACACAAUUGAUAGUGGGCAAGUCUUUAGUCCCAUCAGGCUCUGUCUGAUAGGAUACCUCUGGUUGUAAUUGUUAUAACAAUUAAGGGGUUAACAUGGUGAUUAAUACAAAACCUGAAAUAUCAGCAUGAAUAGAUGUCAUAAGGCCUUGUAGUUAUUGGGAAAAUACUGUCAUGGGACAGGUUCCACACAGGGUACACAACAAGUUUCAUAAUGCCUUAUAUUGAUGAUGAGAAACAGGGUGUGGAAAUAGUAUUUCUAUACAAGGUAUAGAGUAAAGUCAGGUUUAUCAGCAUAACUCUAUAAUAUCAUAGGGUAGGGUUACUGGGUAUCUGUCUAUAUUAGGUAUAUCAUAGGGGUGGGUCACUGGGUAUCUGUCUAUAUUAGGUAUAUCAUAGGGGUGGGUCACUGGGUAUCUGUCUAUAUUAGGUAUAUCAUAGGGGUGGGUCACUGGGUAUCUGUCUAUAUUAGGUAUAUCAUAGGGGUGGGUCACUGGGUAUCUGUCUAUAUUAGGUAUAUCAUAGGGGUGGGUCACUGGGUAUCUGUCUAUAUUAGGUAUAUCAUAGGGGUGGGUCACUGGGUAUCUGUCUAUAUUAGGUAUAUCAUAGGGGUGGGUCACUGGGUAUCUGUCUAUUAGGUAUAUCAUAGGGGUGGGUCACUGGGUAUCUGUCUAUUAGGUAUAUCAUAGGGGUGGGUCACUGGGUAUCUGUCUAUAUAGGUAUAUCAUAGGGGUGGGUCACUGGGUAUCUGUCUAUAUUAGGUAUAUCAUAGGGGUGGGUCACUGGGUAUCUGUCUAUAUUAGGUAUAUCAUAGGGGUGGGUCACUGGGUAUCUGUCUAUAUUAGGUAUAUCAUAGGGGUGGGUCACUGGGUAUCUGUCUAUUGGGUAUAUCAUAGGGGUGGGUCACUGGGUAUCUGUCUAUAUUAGGUAUAUCAUAGGGGUGGGUCACUGGGUAUCUGUCUAUUGGGUAUAUCAUAGGGGUGGGUCACUGGGUAUCUGUCUAUAUUGGGUAUAUCAUAGGGGUGGGUCACUGGGUAUCUGUCUAUAUUAGGUAUAUCAUAGGGGUGGGUCACUGGGUAUCUGUCUAUUGGGUAUAUCAUAGGGGUGGGUCACUGGGUAUCUGUCUAUAUUAGGUAUAUCAUAGGGGUGGGUCACUGGGUAUCUGUCUAUUGGGUAUAUCAUAGGGGUGGGUCACUGGGUAUCUGUCUAUAUUGGGUAUAUCAUAGGGGUGGGUCACUGGGUAUCUGUCUAUAUUGGGUAUAUCAUAGGAGUGGGUCACUGGGUAUCUGUCUAUAUUGGGUAUAUCAUAGGAGUGGGUCACUGGGUAUCUGUCUAUUGGGUAUAUCAUAGGAGUGGGUCACUGGGUAUCUGUCUAUUGGGUAUAUCAUAGGGGUGGGUCACUGGGUAUCUGUCUAUAUUAGGUAUAUCAUAGGAGUGGGUCACUGGGUAUCUGUCUAUAUUGGGUAUAUCAUAGGGGUGGGUCACUGGGUAUCUGUCUAUAUUGGGUAUAUCAUAGGGGUGGGUCACUGGGUAUCUGUCUAUAUUAGGUAUAUCAUAGGAGUGGGUCACUGGGUAUCUGUCUAUUGGGUAUAUCAUAGGAGUGGGUCACUGGGUAUCUGUCUAUUGGGUAUAUCAUAGGGGUGGGUCACUGGGUAUCUGUCUAUAUUAGGUAUAUCAUAGGGGUGGGUCACUGGGUAUCUGUCUAUAUUAGGUAUAUCAUAGGGGUGGGUCACUGGGUAUCUGUCUAUAUUAGGUAUAUCAUAGGGGUGGGUCACUGGGUAUCUGUCUAUAUUAGGUAUAUCAUAGGGGUGGGUCACUGGGUAUCUGUCUAUAUUAGGUAUAUCAUAGGGGUGGGUCACUGGGUAUAUGUCUAUAUUAGGUAUAUCAUAGGGGUGGGUCACUGGGUAUCUGUCUAUAUUAGGUAUAUCAUAGGGGUGGGUCACUGGGUAUCUGUCUAUAUUAGGUAUAUCAUAGGGGUGGGUCACUGGGUAUCUGUCUAUUGGGUAUAUCAUAGGGGUGGGUCACUGGGUAUCUGUCUAUAUUAGGUAUAUCAUAGGGGUGGGUCACUGGGUAUCUGUCUAUUAGGUAUAUCAUAGGGGUGGGUCACUGGGUAUCUGUCUAUAUUAGGUAUAUCAUAGGGGUGGGUCACUGGGUAUCUGUCUAUUAGGUAUAUCAUAGGGGUGGGUCACUGGGUAUCUGUCUAUAUUAGGUAUAUCAUAGGGGUGGGUCACUGGGUAUCUGUGGUAUAUUUUUGUCCUGUUUUUCAGCAGAGAUAAACAUUCAUACAGGAAGCAAGGGGUGUUGGGGGCUUAUUGGAGGAUAGAUAUGAUUUUAUUAACUUCAAACCUUGGGAGAGGACUUAUUGGAGGAUAGA